AUGACGGGAGAAAUCCUGUUUGAGGUGUUCGGCGAGUGGGUGCUCGGCGGGAUCGCUUGCAAGGUCGUGACCUACUCGGAGAUUGUCAGCCUCUCCUCCACCACCUUCCUCCUGAUGGUGAUGUCGUGGGACCGCUACGUCGCCAUCUGCCGCCCCCUCGACUUCACCAUCUCAGCGAGGCGCGCCAGGAGCCUCAUCUUCGGCGCCUGGUUCCUCGCCUUCGUCAUGGCCAUUCCGCACCUCUUCAUCUUCGUCCAG